AUGGUCAGGCGCUACGAGACCGCGAUAACAUAUUGGUCAAGAGAGCCAAGAAGAAUGAAUAUGUUGUCAUUUAGAAGUUUGGUUCUCGCUGUACUCCUUUCUUUUAAAGAAGCUACUGACGCACAAUACGAUAAAUUUGUCAGCCUUUGGUAUAAUUAUCCCACUCAUCUUUACUUGCCAAUUGCCGCUACCGUUGCUUGUUAUUUUGUCUUCAUUUGCAGCGAGCCUACCAUAGAAUCUUGUUUGUGUUUAGAAAAAUGUUGCCAGUCACUGUUUGUAAUUUAUUUCUCAGUUGUAAGAAUAGUAGCAAAGAACCUUACAGAUGAAGAGCGACUGAUCAAAGAUCUGUUUGCAAACUACACAAAGUCCGCAAGACCAGUGGUGAACCCCACAGACAAAAUUGAAGUUAUAUUUGGAUUUGAACUUGUCCAGUUGGUAAAUGUGGAUGACCGAAAUCAAAUGAUCACUACCAAUGUUUGGGUUCGCCAGAUUUGGGAUAAUAAGUUACUAACAUGGGACCCGGAUAAAUACAGCGGCAUUGAGACGGUCAGACUCGAUGCAUCCCUGGUCUGGAUCCCGGAUAUUGUACUCUAUAACAGCGCCGAUAGUGAAUUUAGUGGUGGUACUGAUAAGUACAAGACUCCUGUGAUUUUGUCGAGCUCCGGGAGAUGUAGUUGGUUUUGCCCGGCGUCCUUUACCAGCACUUGCCCGAUAGAUGUGCAGUAUUUUCCAUUUGAUCGACAGAAAUGUAUUCUGAAGUUUGGCUCGUGGACAUACGAGGUAACAGACCUCGACAUGAGAGAAGAAAACGGCUCCUCCAAAUCCCAAUACAUAGAAAGUGCAGAGUGGAAUCUUAAUGAUGUCAAGAAACAAAGAAACGCCAAAAAGUAUACAUGCUGCGAAAACAAGUUAGCUGAUAUCAGUAUAACUAUUGUGAUGGAUAGAAAACCUCUCUUCUAUCUCUUCAACCUUGUUAUCCCUUGCCUAAUAAUCCUGUCUAUGAUCCUCUUGGGUUUCUUCCUACCCCCAGAGUCGGGUGAGAGGAUCACGCUCAGUAUAACUGUCCUUUUAGCUAUGGCUGUGUUCCUUCAGCUGGUUGGAGAGAGCCUGCCUCGGAACUCCGAGAAGGUUCCUUUACUAGGCAAGUUCUACAUCACCAUCAUGGCGGAAAUUUCCAUCUCGCUGAUGCUUACCUGCUGGGUUCUGAACAUUCACUAUCAUGGAUCCGGAAAUUCGGCCAAGGCAGUUCCGCUCUGGGCCCGCAUCGUUGUGCUACAAUGGCUGGGGUAUUUGCUCUGUGUUGGAAAGCCCGACGGCAGCUCCCCUGAAAUACCCAAUACUGAUCUCAGAUACCACCAGGACGACGGCAGGAGGAAAGGAGCACCGUUUGCACUCGACUGGGAAACUACCUUUGCGCCAGCCGCUAACUGUCACUGUACGAGGUGUAUAAACGCAAGAGGUGCUCUGCACUUCAAUGGAGAAAGAAGCCCGGACGAAUCCAGACUGAUAGAGGUGCGAUACACCGGAGAAUCGUCUCCAAUUGAUUUUCCCGCCGAGCCACGGCGAGAAAAAGCGAAGGAUCCUAAACUUUCCGAGGAAAUAAGCGUGCUUGCAAAUAGCAUUCGGGAGCGUGAGAAGGUUGAGAAAAAUCAAGAAGACUGGAAAUACUUCGCCAUGGUAAUGGACCGGUUCUUCUUCUGGUUUUACUCCAUGACCAUCGUUAUCUCGACGUUGACCAUCUUCCUAAGCCGAACCCAUGAAACAUGAAACAUGACAAAACAUGAAAGCAAUGGAGACCAUGGCCUGUUUUAGUUAGGAACAUAUUUCCCUUUAUCAGGCAAUCUACGGCAGAUAUUAAACCUCCUGUGGAAACGUUGGAUUGUGUGAAGUAUGGAAUUUGUACUCCAUAAAAACUGACGACUUUUAUCCGACACAGUUUCACGUGUAAGUUACUCGCGGCAGGUAUAAAUGGUUUUGUCUAAACAACCCUUAACUUUGCAUCGACAAACGUAUUUGAAAUUUAACCAUUUUAGGGCAGAAGGUAUGCUUGGAAGUUUCGUAUAAUUCUUACAAGUAAUUAUUUCAAACAUUCCUGAAUUGCGCCUUGCCGCAAAAGGGGUUUAAAAGUACUAUACAAGUCAGUUUAUAAGCACACUGGUAUACUUAAUUCACUGCAGCCCGGCGUUAUUUGUGACAAAGAUACAUAAUGAAGGUAGCGAACGGGUUAAAAACUCUCAGAUACAAAUCUAUAAAUGUAGGGUUUCUUUUCUUCCCCUGGGGCGACAGUUGAGAACAUCUAUAGAUUUGAUUUGAUGCCAAAACAUUCUUUGUGUCAGAUGAGUUUCAACUUUUUCAUAAGCAGUAGUGCCUGCUAGAUCGGCAAUUUUUGGUUGGGGGAAAAAGCGUCUACAUUUGCAUUCUAUAUAGCUACACAUAUAAGUAUAUUAUAACAUUUUAUUGGCUUAUAUAAUUAGGGCGGCCCAUUUGUUAUAUUUAAACGUUACAUGAAAUGGGAUGGGGCACUGGGUAUGGCUUUCAGGUAAAACCCCAAAAAUGUUUAAGAGAAAGUAGGUACUUAAGCUAGUAAGUUAAAUGCUCCACCAGGUUAAGUCCGUUAAAUGAUCAGUGCGAACUAGAGCAGCGGGGUGGGGGGACUCAAGUCUGUCCAGCAGAGUCUUGUGUUACAUUCUCGUUAAAGGCAGCUACGUUCGCAGUUUCUCUGCCUAUCCACGAUUAUGAAUUGUUGAGCAAACUGAUAUAACGCUGGGUGGGUAACCUGCAAUGAAUACUCAUCCAGGGAGUAGCAAUAAUCUCAGUGGCCUCUCGUCACCGAAACUGAAUUCACUGAGAGUUUGCAGUGUAACUCACAUCUUCGCAUCACAUACUUAACUAACCUUAUUCGAAGUUUUAAGACGUUUAAUUGUUGCAAGAGACCGCUAUUUCGGAAAAGGUUGUCCGAAGGAAGCGAAAAUAUCGCCCGCAAUAAUGCCGAAAGGUCAUCUAAGUUAUGAUAAAUAAAUUGUAAACCUCUUUAAAUAACUGCCCGGUACAUGCGAUGGGUCGAUGCUACAGUAAAUGCCUGCGUGAAGAGAAAUGUGGAUAAAGGAGACUUUAGGAUGCAUUGCUGAUGAAACCAUUUGAACGCACGAUCAAAGAACAGUGAACAACCAAUAUUACCUAAACUCAUACUACUUUUCGGCAUUGCUGCGUACGCUUCUAAUAAAACAACCUUUCUCCAAGCAACUGUUUAUGAAAUUGUGGAUAGUUAUCUGUACUCUAAGUGUAAAGGCCAUCGCGCGCGGUAACCGUCCCGCGAUAAAGGCUCUAAUGGUAAUGGGCUCCUGGCUCUAAUUCUUACAUCGCUGGAUCACGACGCCGUCUCCUUGACCCCACCGCGAUUUUGCCACAUUCCACUGCCCCUCCCCCCCUUUUGAGUGCCUCCUGAGGGGCAUCUCUUCCGCUCCAUUGAUUUGAACAUUACUGAUCUCAAGAAUGAAUAUAGUACUUAAAGGAGCUACGACACGGUUUGCGCAUCUUGAAAAGUUUAG